GGUGAAAAAUCGGUUAUAAGGAUAAAAUUUAUUCCCAUCGCCCCUUUUCCACCAAUUACGCUUGGUGUCAAAGCGCAUAUGAUCAGGCGAAUUUGUCGGCCAUGUUAUCAUUUUAAAUUCGCCAAGUUUUGCGUAUCAGCCGACGUGAUUCAGCAGUUUGAUUAUUUAAUUCCAGUGAAAAACGUGAGUUAUCGUGCAGUGAAUCGUCAACGUUGAUCACCAUUGUCAAUAAUUCAUUCGGGCAAGCUUAAAUACAUAGCUAAGCAUACAUUUGUGAUAUAAUGACGAUCAAGGCGGUCUGUGUCCUUCAGGGAGAGCCUGUUAAAGGGACCGUGUACUUUGAACAAACGGAAGGUUCAAAUACGGUCAAGGUAUCUGGACAGGUUUCCGGCUUGCAGAAAGGCCUGCAUGGUUUUCAUGUUCAUGAAUUUGGCGACAACACCAAUGGUUGCACGAGUGCAGGCGCUCAUUUCAAUCCGCUAGGAAAAGAUCAUGGUAGUCCAAAUGACAGUGUGCGUCAUAUUGGAGAUUUAGGAAAUGUGGAAGCUGGUACUGAUGGUGUCGCAAAAGUUAAUAUCACCGAUGCUAUGAUUCAGCUCAGUGGAGCGCAUAGUGUCAUCGGUCGAACUCUUGUGGUUCAUGCUGAUCCUGAUGAUUUGGGCCAGGGUGGCCAUGAGUUAUCAAAAACAACUGGCAAUGCUGGCGCUCGUCUUGCUUGCGGUGUUAUUGGCAUAACAAAGUAAACGCAUAUAUAUAAUUGGUGUGAGAAGUUAAAAAUAUGGGGUAUAUAUUAGAGAGGAUAUAUAUAUACUAUUUUCUUAUUACUUGGUUUCCAGUAUAUAGUCAUGUCAUACAAGUGUUAUUUUUUCAAUAUGAUGAAAAUUUUGUU